CGGUCCCCAGCUCGGAACACGACGAAGCUCCGGAAGGGGGGGUGAGGUGAUGGAGAGGAUUGAGUUGGCGGCGCGGGGUCACCCCAAGGAACUGCCUGAGUGCUCUCAGGAGCCGCUGUCGGACCCACGGGACCGCAGCCGGUAGCAGCGCUCGACGGAGGAAGGUCCUGCAGCCGCUGCCGCGCUCCCGACCUGCCCUGCGCUCACCGCCCCCAGCAUCCCGGCGUGCCGCGCGGCCCGGCACUGGGGGAAAGGUCGCGGGGCGGACGGGGUGGCACUGGCGCGGCGGAGACGCAGCGCCCUGGCCCCGUUCAUCACCCACCGCCGCCGCCAUGGCGGAGCAGCCGCAGCCUAUCAGCCCUGUGAAGAACUUCUUCGCUGGCGGCUUCGGGGGGGUUUGCUUGGUGUUCGUGGGGCACCCGCUGGACACCAUCAAGGUCAGACUGCAAACCCAGCCGAAGCCACAGCCUGGUCAGCCUUCGCUCUAUUCUGGGACCUUUGACUGCUUCAGAAAGACUCUGGUUGGAGAGGGAGUCCGAGGCUUAUACAGAGGAAUGGCAGCUCCUAUUAUCGGAGUGACACCCAUGUUUGCAGUGUGCUUCUUUGGAUUUGGCUUGGGAAAAAGGCUCCAGCAGAGAAAACCUGAUGACGUUUUGACAUAUCCUCAGCUGUUUGCUGCUGGCAUGUUGUCAGGUGUGUUCACAACAGUAAUCAUGGCUCCAGGAGAGAGAAUCAAGUGCCUUUUACAGAUCCAGGCAGCUACAGGUGAAACUAAAUACAGUGGCUCUUUGGACUGUGCAAAACAGUUGUACCGUGAGGCUGGGAUUCGUGGCGUAUACAAGGGGACCGUGCUCACCCUCAUGAGAGAUGUCCCAGCCAGUGGAAUGUACUUCAUGACGUAUGAAUGGCUGAAGAACAUUCUGACCCCUGAGGGAAAGAGUGUGAAUGAACUUAGUGCAGCAAGGAUCCUCUUUGCUGGGGGCCUGGCUGGGAUCUUCAACUGGGCAGUUGCCAUUCCACCAGACGUGCUGAAAUCCCGUUUCCAGACUGCUCCUCCAGGAAAAUACCCAAAUGGCUUUAGAGAUGUUCUGAGAGAACUUAUCAGAGAGGAAGGAGUUGCAUCUCUGUAUAAGGGCUUCACAGCUGUAAUGAUAAGGGCAUUUCCUGCUAAUGCAGCAUGUUUCCUUGGGUUUGAAAUUGCCAUGAAGUUUCUUAACUGGGUUGCACCAGGUCUAUGAAGACUAUGAAGUCUUUGGAAAUGAGAGAGGAGGAGAGUGCAAAUCUGCCUCAAAGGAAUAAAUGAUCACUUGAGGUUUCAGGAAUGAUUGCUUGCCUAAUACCUUUUUGCCUUCCUCACAUUCUUUUAGGUGGUGCUAUGUGCCGUUCAGAAAUGUAAGCCAUAGCUCUGAAACAGAGUUAAUGAGAAGUUAGAGGUGAUUCACCUGUCUUCUGAGCCAAUGUACCACAGCAGUACUGCUGCUAACAGACAGCUAUCGCUAUUACACAGUUACACACGCUACCUUAAGUCCUUCCUCAUGGAGGAAGGGGACACUUUUUAUAAUGUAAUUAUUUACUGAAGAAACAUGUAGCUGUUAAUGCUGAAAAGCUUCCUCAAAACAGUUGUUUGGCAGUGUGUACUUAACUCAGGGUGUAUGUUAGCAGCUGCACACACUGGUGUCUAUAAGCAGUGUCAGAGCAUUCUUGUCUCCUGUAGUUUUAGUUGUGGCUAUUCCUAUGUUUUCAUCUUAUAUGCAUGUAAUGAAGCAAGCACAGAACUAAGCAGGGGUGGCCAGAACUAUGCUUCAGGGGGCAGGAGGUGCUACAGAUGCUGUAUCAGAUCUUGCACGCUUAUCUUUUCUGUGGAACUACUAGGGAAAAUGAACUAUGCUUAACAUUUGUACUAAGCUUUACUGAGGCAGCCAGAGGGGAAACAUGUUUGAUUAACCUGAAGUUUUCUUAUAAAUCCCUUUCUGUCCCACUGAAGAUAUGCAAAUGUGACUUCAAAAGUACAGCACGGUUCAUAGCAACCCAUGCUAUAUUUGAAUCAUCAGAGGCUGCGUCCUGGGAUUCAAUCCCUGACACUGACCUGAGAAAAUUUGACAGAACUUCUGAGAGCUCCAUUGCUCUGACACCAGGGGGAGUACAGCAAGGGGAUGCUGGCUCUGCAUCUUGUCUAACUUUAGUCUUGCUCCUGUUCCUUGUUUUCUCUUAAUAUCAUUAAAUAUAAUCAUAUUUUCAUUGAGAAAUUACUAAUGUUGAUAAGGAAAAAGGAAUUCUAAUUUCUCUUGGGUUUGAUGCAGUGUUAUGAAAGUCAAUAAAGCUAACUAUUCCUUGGCUGGAA